GGAGCUAGCGGUCCUCACGUCCGAAUCCUCUGGCUAGAUCUCCUGGCUGGGGAGGAGGCGACGUAGAGAACUCGGAGGACCGAGCGAAUCCGAAUUCUAGAGCAUCUGGCGGGGGAAGCGGCUGCGGCGUCGAAAGCGACUGACUUUGAGAAGGGAUACUUCAAAGAAAAAAAUGCCAUUUCAGGUGCUGAAUCGAGUUUUCAGCCAGGUACUACCAAGAUCUGCUUGCAGGUGUCCGAUUCCCAUUGUUCCUGUUAAGUUUCUCAGUAUUUCAGCUCGCCAAGUUCCAUCUGAUGCCAACUUUCAUUCUGCAUCAGUUUCUGACACUGAGCAUCCACGAGUACUAAUUACAGGGGGUCUUGGACAACUUGGAGUCGGACUUGCUAAACUUUUGAGGAAGCGGUUUGGAAAGGACAAUGUGAUCUUGUCUGACAUUAGGAAACCUUCUGAUCAUGUUUUCUACAGUGGGCCAUUUAUUUAUUCUGAUAUCUUGGAUUAUAAGAACCUUCGGGAAAUAGUGGUAAACAAUCGAAUCACAUGGCUCAUUCACUAUAGUGCCCUGCUAAGUGCCGUUGGAGAAGCGAAUGUACCAUUGGCAAGAAAUGUGAAUAUUACUGGUUUGCAUAACAUUCUGGACAUUGCAACAGAACACAGUCUGCGACUCUUUGUGCCUAGCACUAUUGGUGCUUUUGGACCUUGUUCCCCUCAGAACCCAACCCCUGAUCUCUGUGUUCAGAGACCUAGAACCAUCUAUGGAGUGUCCAAGGUUCAUGCAGAGCUCAUAGGAGAAUAUUAUCAUUAUCGGUAUGGCUUAGACUUCCGGUGCCUGAGGUAUCCUGGAAUCAUUUCCGCUGACUCCCAGCCUGGCGGAGGAACAACUGAUUAUGCAGUUCAGAUUUUCCAUGAUGCUAUAAGAAGUUGCAGGUUUCAGUGUUACCUGAAACCAGACACUCAGCUUCCCAUGAUGUACAUUGAUGAUUGCCUUAGAGCUACACUGGAAAUCAUGGAAGCUUCUGCAGAUUCUCUCCCCAAGAGAACUUACAACAUCAGUGCCAUGAGUUUGACCCCUGAAGAACUGGCACGGGAAAUUGUCAAGCAUGUACCUGAGUUCGAGAUCACAUACGAUAUAGACACAGUUCGCCAGGACAUAGCUGAUAGUUGGCCAAUGAAUUUUGAUGAUAGCAAUGCAUGGAAGGAUUGGGGAUGGAAACACUACUACGAUCUUCCUGAACUGGUGACAACUAUGUUCAAUUUCUACACCGCUGAGUCCAGAGCUGUUCAUGCCAAUUAACCAGAAGUAAUGGUUACUGAGUCCCCAGGGAAUAUGAAAGAGAGAUU